CACGUGAAAAUCGUGCUGAGCAGUUGUUGCAUAUAUCGCUAUCGCACGUGUGUAAAAAAAUACUGUGGUACAUGUCAGACACGUGUUGGCAUAUUGCCAUAAAUGCAUAUAUAUAUGGAAGUACGAGGUAACUAGUUUCAGAGGACACUAAUCAAAGCAUCAAGGUCGCCAAGUAACUGGAAAUGGCUUUAAGUCAGAAAGUUUUCAAACGUUUGACAGCUGUUAUCCUCGUUCUGAUUGUGUUUCAAAUAUUGCUGUCUCAUAACCAAGGUUCCACACGAAGUAAAUCAGGAGUACAUACCCACUUUGGCAGUGUAAGAAGAAUAACUACGAAGAACAAUCGAACACUUGUUAAGAGUGAUGUCGGGUUCAUAGGCUCUAAUGUGCUUGAUGGAUUUAAACUCGCCUCUGCUUCACAGAAAGUGUGUAAAGCUAAACAAAUAAAAUCGUCAUUUAAGAUAAAGCCGGUUGUUUAUAUUCCGGACAAGAGACUGGUAUACUGUCCAACGGAGAAAGUAGGUACUACAUUCUGGAAAAGAACGCUAUACAUGUUAGAUAUUCGAGAACCAGCCAAAUACAAGCAACCAUAUGACGUACCUAUCAAAGCCGCAGAUGAGUGGUAUUCCAAAUCGAGAAAGGAUAAAAAACGUUCGAUGAACCUUUUAUCCAACAAUGAGAAAUUUAGAUUUCUCUUCGUGAGAGACCCGUUCUCAAGGUUAUUGUCUGUUUACAUUGACAAACUUGUUCCUCCAAAUCCGACGUUCUGGGAAUCAUUUGGCAGAAAAGCGGUAAGCAAGUUUCGGCCGUUUUCAGAUAAAGUAAAGAAUUUCUUUAAGCAUGCUUAUUUUAGGUCAGAUGGACAUGACGUCACUUUUGCAGAAAAUUUGAAAUUCGUCACCGAUGAAGAAAAGAAUAAUAAAGGAAUAGAUCCCCACAUAAAAAGUGUUUACAACGGAUGUAAGCCGUGUACGUACGACUAUACGUUUGUUGGACGUAUGGAAACGUUCAAAACUGACGCUUUGUAUAUUAUGAAGCGCGUUGAAAUGAACUGUUCGCUGGCGUUAUUGAAAGACUCUUUCAAUGAAAUGGCGUUAGAUGACGCAAUCACAGACUCAAUAAGAAGUCCAUUCUCGUGGAAAGAUGACGUCAUCAAGUAUAUCGUGUGGGAAAAGGCGUUGCAACGGAUCUGGUUAAAAUUGCAAAUGCGGGGAAUUAUUGAAAGUAAAAUUAAACCUGAUAUACAGAAAACUGACGUUGAUAAAAUAACUGCUGAUCAGUUUAUAGAAAUGGCAAGAAAAGCUCAUAAACUAUCAAAUCCGGUAGAACUGAAGAAACAAAAAGAAAGGGUUAAACGAGAGGCGUUUGCUUCUGUUCCUCUUAGCGAUAUUAUCGAAUAUGUUGAAACAUACAGACAGGAUUUUGAUCUAUUUGGCUAUGACAGAUCACCAUCUUACAUAUUCGAUCGUGAAGAAGACGCUUUUCCCCCAACGGAAUUCUUUAAUUAUGAUCAUUUAAAUUGAAUUCAGUAUUUAAAUUGACUUUAGUUAUUUUGGUGCUUUUAAAAACUUGUAUAGGAGGGAUCUAUUCAAGUGCUGUUUAAAACAACGGGUGGAAUUGAAAUAACAUUAUUUUGUUUUGAUUAUGUAUGUUUAGGUCAUGUGGUUAAUUUUAGGACUAAAUAUUCAGUUGAUUUACAUAUUUAUGAUGUAUAUUUAAUUAGCUUACUAGAUAGGAACCUCGGCUUAAGUGAUUUUAGCGUGCGACAUUGACAUCUGGUGACAAAACUGGGGGAAGACGAGCAACUUUGCUUAAAAAGUUCGCAUGCAACCUAGAUGGCUUCCAAAUACUUCGCGCAUUUUUAGAGAAAAAUUGAGAAGAUGCAUUUAGUUGUAAGUUUUAUACCGUGUUUUUAGUUGUUGAUGUUUUGCUAAGAUAAAAACACAUGUGUACUGAUUUAAUAAAUACUUAAAUCAAAAAUUGUUCUUAAUGUAAAAAAAAUGAUAUUAAAAAAAUUGUCAAAAGGCU